AUGACUGAAUCGAAGUCUUUCAAAGUCCACCCUCCGGACGGCAGACCUUUUGUGCUCCUUUUCCCAGUGGAGCGCGGGCGCCGUCCGGACGCAGAGGCGCUCCUGCAGCACCUGCAGAGAGACGGGCGCGUCCUCAGGUCAGUGGAGCAUCCGGUUAUUGACAUAGAGGAGUCCCGUUCUUCAGCCGUCGACUACAUCACCAGAAUCACCAGUGCGCUCGGCUUACUGACAGACAGACAGACAGACGGACGGACAGACAGACGGACGGACAGACGGAUGGACGGACGGACAGGCAGGCUUGACGAGGGGUGUGUAUAUAUCAUGCUUUCCCUCGUCUGUCUGUGUGCCAGGACUUCCAGUGGCUGGAGCGGCUCACGUCGGUCAUCAAGAACCGAGGCCAACUCAUGAGGCCAGCAGGACAGACCACAGAGAGAGACGUGCACACACACAGGCGAUCACUUCUUCUGUUUCUCUCUGUGCGUGCCGUCCUUUCGCUCCUUCAGCCUUCUGUGCAACCUAAAGGUGCUGGAGCUGAUGAAUUUCCCCGCGAAGCCGGCUGUCCCCGGACGAAGCCUGGCCGACGAGCUGACGGCAUCGCUGAAGCGGUCGUUCAAGACCCUCCUGCUGCAAAUGCCCGAGCUGCCCCCCGCGCCGACUACACCCGUCAAAGCCGGGCAGUACUGGUGUGACGACGACACCUACAUCUCCCGCGGACGCGGCUACCUGGUCGGCAUCUGCCGGCUCUUCGAAGACCUGCUCCUGUCGUCCGUGGUGGUCCCCAUGGACCCCAACAAACUCGGUCAGUCAGCUGAGCAACCCAGGGGCGAUCAUGCGACUGCCUGUCGGUUCCUCUGUGUAGCUUGCUGCACACACGAUGGGAUGGAGACGGAGGAGGACAGCUGUGAGAGUGGGCACGCGGCUGCUGCUGCUGGUCUGACCUGCCCCACUCCGGGCAGCCCAUCAAAGGAGGAGUCGCCGAGAAAUCUCGCGGCGCUGCUGAGCGACUACAUGGACGAGGAGGUCCCCGAAGGUCAGAACGGUCCGAUCAAAAUCGCUUCUGGCCUGAGAAUGGAAAACCGGCGGGGCGGUAGGCCGUCUCAGCAAAGGCUCGACAGACAACCAAAGAGCAGAAAGGACACACUUGCCUGUUCUCCUGUUUGCCUGUGGCCAUUCAGAGCCGUAUGGCGAUGUCAUGCGUGAUCUGCUGGGGCGGGCCGUGGGACGGGUGAGGACAACACGCACGAAAAGACAAGCCUCUACUACGGUAGGCCUUGAGUCAAUGUGCGUUUGUGUGUGUGCACAACACCUGAUGGACGCGCUGUUGUGUUCGUGGUCUCGUGUGUGAUCGAUCAAUCAGCUGCCCCCUACGGCUACCCCGAUGCGGGCUACUUCCACCGGGCCACGCGUAAGCCACACACAGCAUUUAUGAAUGGCGGGGAUGUGGGCGACUGAGUGGCUGACUCUUGUAUCUUCCCCCAUUCCUUGUGUGCGCAGAGGAGCUGCGCGCCCGUGGCAUCAUUCCGACGGCGUUGGAGCAGACACUGCUGGAUGGCGACCCCACGCCCUUGGGUACCAAAGACUACGCCAACCCGCAUAAGUGACUACCUCACCUCACGCACGCGCACACAUUUCCGCGCAAGAUGAUGCACAUGGGUAUUGAUGGAUGUGCGUGCAGCGUCCAAGGGACGCCUGCUCAGAUGCCCACGUGGCGUACGACACAAACCACCGUGGCGGUCCGCAAGACGGCAGUCGAGACGUCCCUCAAACUGGCCGCCAUCGGCGACCGCCAGCCGACACAAGGCGACAUGCAUGACACGGCGACCGCCAUGAUGGAGGCCUUCCCUCUGCUCGACAUCGGUGAGCGAGGCGCAUGUAUUUCUAGGUGCGUGUAGGAGAGCGUGUGUCUGUUGCAUGCAGGGCGUCGGGCUGCAGCGCUGCACAUUCUCGAGACCGACUUCACCAACACUCUUCGCCAGCUGCAGGGCUCAGUGCCGGUGUUGUUUGAAAGCACCGAACUCAACACACAGGCAAGCACGCCAACAGGAUGCCGGUGAGGGUCUGAAGAGAGCGGCGAUCGAGGUGGUUGGCCGUGGCAGUGCGGUUGCUGAGACCAUCCCACUGUCUGCCCCCACAGAAGAGGUCAUGGUGGGUUGAGACAUGUACACACACACAGGUGCACACCAAUUCGCAUGUCUCCAUGUGUUCCAUGUGUGUGUCAGAUGGCUGCCUACAUUUUAUAUUCUGUGGCUUUAUGCAUCCAUCUCGCCGCUUCGCUGUGUCGCUCAUCAGCCCGGCCGCCAGGAGCGGCGGGCCCGUCUGUCUCCGCCGUCAGGAACCCACCGCCACAUGGACAUGGACGCGACAGCGGCACGUGGAUUUUGAGGACGGCGACGACCAGCCAUGGACGCAGGCAGAGCGGGAGGCCUUGGUUCGCCUGUUUGUGAAGGUGGGCGACAUCGCAGGCGAAUUCCUGACGGCCUUCCCCACACGCGGCGUCACAGCCAUCGACACUUACCUCAAGGGCGAGGUCCGCGAAAUGGUCAAGGUGCGGCGAGAGCAAGGCGAGACCCUCCUGGAGGCGGCCAAGCGAUACGUCGCCCGGCUGGAUUGGCUGGAGGCCAAGACGCGACAGACGCCAGCAAUGCCCAAGGAGUCCAUCGAGAUCAAGAAGGUCAUCAAGGAUGAGGGCGAUGAGGGCCACGAGGAUGGCGCACGGGAGUCCUCGCCUGCUGCUGCGGCUGCGGCAUGCCCCAUGGUCACAGACACAACAGACCUGCGUGAGGCGUAG